GAGAUCAGAUAUAGUGAAUGCGGGGUCCGGGGAGAGCGGAUAUAGUGAAUGCAGGGUCCGGGGAGACCAGAUAUAGUGAAUGCGGGGUCCGCGGAGAGCAGAUAUAGUGAAUGCGGGGUCCGGGGAAAGCGUAUAUAGUGAAUGCAGGGUCCAGAGAGACCAGAUAUAGUGAAUGCGGGGUCCGGGGAGACCGGAUAUAGUGAAUGCAGGGUCCGGGGAGACCAGAUAUAGUGAAUGCAGGGUCCGGGGAGACCAGAUAUAGUGAAUGCAGGGGUCCGGGGAGAGCGGAUAUAGUGAAUGCGGGGUCAGGGGAGAGCGGAUAUAGUGAAUGCAGGGGUCCGGGGAGACCAGAUAUAGUGAAUGCGGGGUCCGGGGAGACCAGAUAUAGUGAAUGCGGGGUCCGGGGAGACCAGAUAUAGUGAAUGCAGGGUCCGGGGAGA